AUGGAUGUGCGGUGUUCAAUAUUCAAACUACUAUUGUUCCAAAUAGUGGUCUCACGAUGCAGCGCAAAAUAUCUCCCAGUGGCAUCCAGAGGGGAGCUAGCCAGUGACGUAGAAGAGAGUAUCCAGGAUAGCAUAAGAACCUUUGUACAUACUGGUAUCUAUUCGCAUCGGCACCUGGACACGUCGCAAGUGCAAAUCUCGACACCAGUGAAGGUGACGCGGGAGGGCGAGCUUGUCUCGCACGCGCUCGAACAUGCGCAUGCACAUGGACAUGCGCGCGCGCGUCGUGAUCUACACGCAACGGAGCAUGAACUACCCCACACAGUAUAUUACAACCUCACUGUUGACGGGCGAGACCUUAGGCUGGACCUGAGGCCGUCAGUGACAUUUAUUCCACCGUCGAUGGUGGUGGAGAGGCACGGCGUGCGCGGGCGCACGCGCGACCGGCCGCAGGAGUCGGCCACCUCGUGCCAUUACACGGGCUCUAUUAGGGGGCAACCAAACUCUAAAAUUGCUAUAUCUGCUUGCGAUGGACUUGCAGGUCUUUUAAGAACGGAGCAAGGAGAAUAUUGGAUAGAGCCUUCAAACAAUAUACCCACCGAUGACUCUUCUGGACGACCACAUGUAAUUUUUAAGAGAUCUGCUGUUGACAAAGUUCAGGCAUUCCAUAGACGAAAGAGAGAAGUAAACAGUAGAACGAAUUCAUAUAUCAAUAUGAAUCAAAACUAUAACGACAAAAAUAAUUUAGAAAACGAUUCCAAACGAAAUGUAAGAAGUCAAAAAGAGACUAUGGAUCAACGCAGACGUGCGUAUAUAGAAAAGAGAAGAAAAAGAUUGGAAGCUCUGAGGCAAGAUCCUGUUGCAUAUAGAAGGCAUCAGUCGAAGUUACGAAUGGAACAAAGAAGAUUAGCAUUAUCCUCAGCAUCAAAGACCUCAUUAGAGAACAGUAAUUCCUUGGAACAAUUUUCACAUAAAAAUAAAACGGCACAAAAAUCAAGAUACGAACAGAGGCCGAGACGUAUCAGGACAAGAAGAAGAAGAAAACGAUCAAAGAACUGUGCCACGAAAGAACCUGCAUAUCAGUGGAAAUCCAGAAAUUUUAAAAAUAAUCAUGAUGUUGAAUCGCAAAAUAAAUCUAGAUAUACCAAGAAAAAUAAUCGUUCUCAAAGGAAAUAUGGAAACAGGCGCAAUAACGAAUCUUUUAGGCGCUCGAUACGUUCUGUGAGCAAACCACGACACGUUGAAGUGCUACUUGUCGCCGAUAAGUCUAUGACCGAUUUCCACAAUCAAGGCAACUUGGAGACUUAUCUUCUCACAAUUAUGAACAUGGUAUCCUCUUUAUAUAUGGAUCCAUCAAUAGGAAAUUAUAUAAAAGUAGUGGUGGUGAAGAUUAUUCUCGUAGAGGAAAUACAGGCGGCGCCCGAUCUGCAGGUGACUACGAACGCAGACUACACUCUCGCAUCAUUCUGUCGCUGGCAGCAUCAGCUAAAUCCUAAUGAUGAUGAUGAUCCUCAUCACCAUGAUGUGGCUAUUUUAGUCACCAGGCAAGAUAUCUGCAGUCAACACGACACGCCUUGUAGUACGCUGGGCGUGGCGCACGUGGCGGGCAUGUGCAAGGCGGACCGCAGCUGCUCAGUCAACGAGGACAACGGCAUCAUGCUAGCGCACACCAUCACACACGAACUGGGACACAACUUCGGCUUAUAUCACGAUACUGAGAAGAUCGGCUGUCACAGACGUGAAGGCUCUACAUUGCAUAUCAUGACACCAAUCUUUGAAGCAGAUACCGUUCAAGUCGCCUGGUCACGUUGCAGCAAACGAGAUGUCACUAAUUUCUUGGAUGCCGGCUUAGGGGAAUGUUUGAGUGACAGGCCGUCGCAAGAGGAACCAUAUGUGUAUCCUGAAGUACCCGCUGGUGUUACGUUUGAUGCGGCGUCUCAAUGUCAUCUGCAGUUUGGUGCAGAAGCGGUCGUUUGUGCGAAACCGACAGAACUCUGCGAACAUUUAUGGUGCUUGGUUAAUAACACAUGCAAAACCAUGCUGCGACCCGCCGCGCCCGGAACUACUUGUGGGGAAAAUAUGUGGUGUCAAAACCAAACCUGCGUGGCGCGCACCCCUUCGCCCGUCCCUCGCGACGGCGGCUGGGGCCCGUGGAGCGAGUGGAGCGAGUGCUCGCGAACGUGUGGCGCCGGCGUCUCCACGCAGUCGCGAGAGUGUAACAACCCUGAGCCUCUGAACAACGGCAAUUACUGUAUUGGCGAUAGAAGUCGAUACAAAGUGUGCAACACGGAUCCGUGCCCUAUCAACGAGCCGACGUUUAGGGAAGUUCAAUGUGCUAAGUUUAACAAUAUGACUUACCACAAUGAAACUAUCUCAGAAUGGAUACCCUACAUUGAUCAAGAUAAACCAUGCGACCUACAAUGUGUACCUCGCGACGGGAAGGAUAUAGAAGUGAUCGGAGUGUUCGUAUCCGACGGAACCCCUUGUCGACAGAGCACGAGGGACAUGUGUAUCGCCGGUGUGUGUUACAAGGUUGGCUGUGACUGGAUUGUGAAUUCCGACGUCGAAGAAGACGAGUGUGGAGUUUGUGGGGGAAAUGGAUCGGCCUGUAAAACUGUGCAGGGCAUUUAUAAUAAAGAUACUACUAGACAAUCUGGAUUUAGUGAGGUUGCUGUUAUUCCCGCCGGUUCAAGAAAUGUAAAAAUUCAAGAAAAAGUUAGCCCUGGAAACUACAUAUCCAUUGGAAGCGCAAAAUCUAGGAAAAUAUAUUUAAAUGGAGCAAGAAAUGCAACAUUGACGGAAUACUUCGUAGCUGGUACGCAAGCGAUUUACGAGAGAGAUCGUGAUUGGGAGAAAGUCCGUAUUAGUGGCCCUCUCGCUGAAGACAUCAAAGUAUAUCAACGCAUAUUCCGCGGCCGCCACCGCAACCCCGGCGUGACGUACCAGUACACGGUGGACCAGCCGCGGCGCGCGCGCGUGGCCUACCGCCUGUCCGCCUGGUCGCCGUGCUCCGCCACGUGCGGCGUCGGCCGCAUGCACCGCCACUACACAUGCGUUGAUGACCAUUUCCGUCAAGUAGAGCUGUCGCAGUGCUACCACAUGGAGCAGCCGCGCCACGAGGCGCUGAUGCAGCAGUGCCGGCAGCCCGCCUGCACGCACUGGUGGGUGGGCGCCUGGCAGCCCUGCGAGCCCUGCCACAUGCCGGGUGAAGAAGCAAAAAAACAUCGCAGUGUUCACUGCGUUAACAAAGUAUCCAAUAACGUUGUAGAUGAUACCGAAUGCGACUUGGCAUCUAAACCUAUUAGCACUAUUAAAUGCCUUGACGUGCCAGCCUGC